UAGGCUGCCAGUCGGUCCCAACGAUCCACCUGAAGUUGCCGGAGAGGAUGGAAGCGAUCUCGGGGGACCCCGUGACUCUCCCCGCCACCUACAGCACCGACAGGAGGGUCAUGAACAUCGCCUGGUACAAACUGGACCCCAGAGAACCGACUUCCCGCACGCAGAUCUUCUCCUACUACCCUCCUCUCCAGACCAGGGAGUCGUACGGAGAUUACGUCGGCAGGACUUCUCUAGAGGACCAGGCGUCCCUGAGGAUCGCCCGCACCAAACCUGCAGACGAGGGGAAGUACAUCCUGUCUGUGUCUGUGGAGGGGGUCGGCAGCAGCGAGGGACAGGUUCAACUGAUACUCAUGGUCCCCCCUACAGUUCGUGUGGGCCCGUCUAACCCGUACGUCAUCACCAGAGGGAGAUCGACAUCCCUGACAUGCGCAGUGGCGGGCGCCAAACCCAACAUCACGUCGCUACACUGGGAGAAGGACGGCGAGGUCAUUGACCCCAGGCGACAGCCCGCUAAAUAUUCCCACGGGAACGUUGUCGUCCCCGCGCUGCACAUCCGCCACGUGGGCAAGAGCGACGCCGGCGUGUACGCAUGCGUGGCUGAUCACGUGGUCAAGGUCGUAAGGGCCUCACUGCAGGUCAAAGUUCAUUAUCCGCCGUCCAUUCUGAGUAUAUCCGACUCCCUGAGCGCAACGGUAGCAGACAGCGUCUCCGUACAAUGUGUAGCAGACGGGAACCCUCCUCCAAACAUCACGUGGUCACGUGACGGGACGCGCCUGCGCAGUGCCGUCCACUCCGUCACCAGUGACAUGCGCACUUCGACCGUGAAGCUGGGAAACGUUCGGGUGAACGACAGUGGGAAGUACGUCUGUCAGGCAAGCAAUGGCGUUGGGAGGGGCGCCUCCAGCUCACUGGUUCUCACUAUCAGAGAGUCCAGACUGGGCGUGACAAGUUCGACGGUAGCGGUGGUGGUCGGAGCGUCAGCCGGCGGACUCUGGUUCAUCGUCUGCGUGGCCCUGGCCGCCUACCUAGUCAAACGGCGGCGGCUCCAAGAUGAGAAGAAGAAGUUCGCCUUUUAUUACAACAUGGGCAGACGGGAGCCUACCGAGAGGGGGGAGUUGGGAGAGGAUAAGGAACCGCCACCGUACACUGCAACGCCAGGAAAACCUUCCAACAAGGCGCCGAACUACGGAGGAAUCAACACUAUCAGGAAGUCCAUAGGCAGAAAAGAAAGGCGCUAUGCCCGUGCCGUCUACUCGUACCGACCUCGUGAGGAGAACGAGCUGCGCCUGGAGAUGGAUGACGUCAUCGAGGUGCUGGAGGGGGAAGAUGGCGGCUGGUGCUUGGGUUACCUGCGGGGCAGGAUAGGCCUGUUCCCCUCCAACUACGUCAGAUUCAUCUCCUCCAGUGAAGUGCUCGCAAUUAAAUCUGCCGGCGUUCACCAAACGAUAGAGGUGCGAGACUCAGCGCCGGCCAAUGGAAGCAUUUAGAAGAAUCCGUUACGUCAUCACCUGGCUCAGCACCGUCCAAUGGGAGCAUUUAGAAUCCCUGACAUCAUCGUCUGGUUCGGCACCGUCCAAUGGGAGCACUUAGCCUCCCUUACGUUAAUGUUCUAAUCAGCGCCAUCCAAUGGGAGCACGUAGACUCUCUACGUCAUCGUCUGGCAGCGCCGUUAAAUUGGGGCAUGUACCCCUUCUUACGUCAUUCUCAGAUUAAGCGCCGUCCAAUGGGAGCAUGUAGCUCCCUGACGUCAUUUCCUGACCAUCCACUGAAAUAUCGCACAUUGACAUCCUCAUAUGGUGCCAAACGACAAUUGUGGAUCAAAGGAAGUUCUUUGCAGUCCGCUCACUGAAAACGAAAGUGAAGACAAAAUGGCGCUUAUCGCUCCAAUGGUUCCUACCCUCCAGGCGCUUCACACCUGCCAUUAACGGAGCCACUCUGGGACCGAGAGGAGACUUUGUGACGCCAACACGUUCCCAGGAUACUGUAGUAGGAGCAGCAGUCUUAGUGCUUCAAUUAAAAUGUCUUUCAAUUUUCCAAUUUUACGCUUUUAGACCCCCGGGCAGAUUUUAGCGGCCGGUUGUUCGUCACGGUAUUUGGCAAUGAAAGCGGUUUUUGUUGAGAAUUCAGACGACACAUCUAGCAGUAAAACAUGAUUACACAGCUGAAGUGGCUACAUGGUACGAUUUACUUAUGUAUAUAAAUGUCUGGACUUGUGUUAAGCGGUGGGUAUCUGUAAAUUACAAUAAA